GGGCGCGCCUGGCGCGGUCGCCGUUCGGACUUCUCCUCCCUCCCAUCAGAGCCCCAGUUAGUCCUCGUCCUGGGGCCGCCCAGCCCCGCCCAUGCUCCAGCUUACCUGCGCGGCUGAGCGGGAGAGGAACAAGCUCUGCUCCACGGCACGACAGAAGAAGCACGAGUUCUCCGUGGAUAUGACCUGUGAAGGCUGUUCCAACGCAGUCACUCGAGUCCUCAACAAGCUAGGAGGAGUUCAAUUUGACAUUGACCUGCCCAACAAAAAGGUCUGCAUCAACUCUGAGCACAGCGUGGACACUUUGCUGGAGACCCUGGGGAAAACAGGAAAGGCUGUCUCCUACCUCGGCCCCAAGUAGAGAGGCCCCAUCCGGCAGCCUGCAGGAUGGACCAACAUGGGCAGGAUGCUGAUCCCCUCCUGCCUUCCAGACAGACCUAGGACCUGGCAACCCCGCUCAGCAAUGGUAGUUCCUGCGGAGACCCUCAUUUACCCUGCUCCUCUGUGGCUCCCCUGCAAUAAAGUCAAGGCGAUUUUGCUGGUGGUACUGUC